CUGCGAUUUUUUUCCUUAACUGAUUUGGUUAGGGAUAGAAAACAGAGGCAUGAGAAAGGAAUGAGGAAGGAUUACAUUCAUUCAUGUCAAGCAGGUGUUGUCUUCUAACACGCCUCGUUCACACGGCGAGGAGGGACGUAUUCGGUUCUAUAGCCAGUCUGUGGUAUAACCUGUGUGACAGAUCCAUCCUUCGUCAUCGGGUUUCGUUCGUUUUAGAAAGCUCGGAAAAGUUGUCUAAAUCGACGUUAACGCCUGAACUACUUCUCGGAGUCGUGAUGGAUUGCUGUUGUAUGUCGGGAGAAGAACGAGAAGCUCAGAGAAUCCACCAAGAGAUUGAGAGACAGAUUAGCAAGUCCAAAAAACAAGUGGAGAAAGAGGUGAAGCUGUUGCUUUUAGGUACAGGCGAAAGUGGAAAAAGCACCUUCAUCAAGCAGAUGAGGAUCAUCCAUGGAAAAGGCUACUCGGAGGAUGACAGGAGGACGUUUACCGCGUCCAUCUUUGAGAAUAUAUUUACUGCAGUGGAAGCCAUGAUCAAGGCCAUGAACUUGUUGGAGAUCCCGUUCACAAAUGAUAAAAAUACAAAUUAUGCUGCAAUGCUGCUUCAGGUGAAGUCGUAUGAUAUGAGCUCUAUGGAUAAGAGCUAUGCCGAGGCUAUAAGCAGCAUGUGGCAAGAUCCCGGGAUGCAGGAGUGCUACGACCGCAGAAGAGAGUACCAGCUAUCUGAUUCGACCAAAUAUUACCUGGAUGAUAUCGAGCGGAUAUCAGCUCCUCUUUACGUGCCUUCUGAGCAGGAUAUUCUCCGGGUCCGUGUUCGCACUACAGGAAUCAUCGAGUACUUCUUUAAGCUCAGCUCUGUUGUAUUCAGGAUGGUUGAUGUAGGGGGUCAGCGCUCCGAGAGGAAGAAAUGGAUCCACUGUUUUGAAAACGUGACUUCUAUCAUCUUCCUGGUGGCACUGAACGAGUAUGACCAGGUCCUGUUCGAGAGCUCGAACGAGAAUCGUAUGGAAGAGAGUAAAGCACUCUUUAAGACCAUCAUCAACUACCCGUUCUUCCAGAGGACCUCCAUGAUCAUUUUUUUCAACAAGACUGAUCUCCUUCAAGAAAAAAUCUCCAAGUCUCACCUUGAAGACUACUAUCCUGAAUACAAAGGUCCCAAGAAUAAUGCAGAAGCAGCGAAGAAGUUCAUUCUCCAAAUGUACGAAGCUCAGAACUCAGACGCAUGCAGGCGCCUAUACACACAUUUCACUUGUGCCACAGACACGGAAAAUAUCCGAUUAAUUUUUUCAGCAGUGAAAGACACCAUCAUGAGGACCAACUUUGAGGACUUCAUCCUGGUUUAGAACAGCUGAAGCUAUGACUUUUAUUUUGAUAUUAGAAUUAAUUUAUUUACCACUGUUGUUUUAGAUGUCUCCUUCCCUUACAGAAUUGCUUUAAUAUUUUCCAGAUGUGAUUUAUUUUGAAUGAUCUUUUUUUUCCCCCACAAAUUUUCAUGUGAUCAUGUUAUUUUUUAUGACGUCUACUUGCAUUCACAUUAGCAGUUACAAAGUAUAACAUGGUGAUCGUGAAAGCAUCUUUACGUCUCAUCAACGUAUGAUCACAAAUGAAGUUGACAUGACAUUUCUUUAAGGGUUGUGAAUCUUUGUUUAGAUGACAAAUGUGCUUAGUUUUAUGUAUUUUAAAUAUUUCUGCCAAUACAAAAACUCACUGUC